AUGGUUCAAGCAAUUUCUCGUUUUUUCAUUACAAUUCUUCAUAAACAUCGAAUUCUUCUUAGUUUUCGUAUCAAUUGGAUAAUGAUUAUCAUUAGUUGGAUAAUGAGUGGUAUUAUUGCUGUUAGUUUGCUAAUUUCACCAGGGGCUUAUCAAUAUGAAGAUGAAUCUCGUGUAUGUACUUUAACAAGAAAAAACUUUCUCAUAUCAUUUCUAAGUGCCAUCAUCAUUUUUUUAUUUCCAAUGAUUACAAUAACAAUUCUCUAUGGAAUUAUUAUUUGGCAUAUUAAACAACAUAAUCGUAUUCAUCUAAGAAGUACAAAUGCAUGGCGAUUGAAGAGAAAUAUGAAAGUAUUUAAAAAUAUUUUUAUUUUUACAAGUAUUCUUGGAAUUGGUGGUACACCUUAUUUAAUCUCUACAAUUGUCAAUAGAAUAGUACCAAUUCCAUGGCCAUUAUAUUCAAUAUCAUUUUUAUCCAUUGCAUGUACUUCUGCUGUUGGGUCAAUAGCAAUUUUAUUUACGAAUGAACAAGCUAGAAAAAUUAUCUGUGCUAAAUUCCGCCGUCGUCAAUUAAUUAUACCAAACGCAACAAUGAAUAAAAAGUCAGUUAAAGUCAAUCAAAUUGCUACUUAUCAUCAUAAAAUAGAUGAAAUCGAAAUAUUACCAGCGAACAAUUGA